UUCCUAUCGGAAGAUCUUCGGGGAUACGCCCCAGAGCUCCGGCCGCAUGUCGGUGGGCAGCAGCCCCUCACGCCAGUCCGGCGGAUACCGCUCCAGCGGCGCACACCGCAACUAUGGCUCCCCAUCCAUGGUCACAUCCUCCGGCUACCGUAAGGUGGGUGCCGGGCGCAACUUCCACUCCUCCAUGCCCGACUCCAUGGACUUGACCCAGUCCACGGCCGUCACCAACGAGAUGAAAAUCAUCCGCACCAACGAGAAGGAGCAGCUCCAGGGCUUGAACGACCGCUUCGUCUCCUUCAUCGAGAAGGUCCACAACCUGGAGCAGCAGAACAAGGUUCUGGAUGCCGAGGUGACCCUGCUGCGCCAGCGCCACACAGAGCCCUCCCGCCUGCACAACCUGUACGAGCAGGAGAUCCGCGAGCUGAGGGCGCGAGUCGAGGAGCUGGCGCACGAAAAGAGCCAGAUGCACCUGGACUGCGUGCAGAUGAACGAGACGCUGGACCGCGUGAAGGAGAAGCUGGACGAGGAGACGAGGCUCCGCGAGGAGGCGGAGGGCACCCUGAAGAGCUACCGCAAGGACGUGGAUGACGCCACGAUGUCCCGGCUCGAGCUGGAGAAGAAAGUCGAGUCACUGGUGGAUGAGAUCGCCUUCCUCAGGAAAGUGCACGAGGAGGAGCUGCAAGAGCUGCAGGCUUCCCUGCAAGCCACACAGGUGCCGACAUCACAUCACCCCUCAUGACCCCCAUCAGUUGUCACUUGUCACCCUCAUCUCCCCUUCUCCCCACCUCCGAAUAUCACACCAAAUAUACACCAUGGGAAAAGUUAGGCAAUGUAUGUUUUGAUGAUAACGUUUAUGUGCCAUGGUGAUAACCAGUGCCAAAUAACUAACAAUGUUCAUAGAGUGUUAUCAUAUGGCUAUCUUAUCAUUCACAUUUACUGUGGAUCCACAUUCACUGAGUCAAAGUUAAUUCACAGCACAUGCGCUGUCCUUGGUGCUGAAGCCAGUGAACACUACGCACUGCGGUUCUGCGUAAAACAGCACCAUGCAGUACUCCCUCCCCUCUCUGCCAAUUCAUCUGCCAAUUCAAACCCAGCAUUGAGAUAGGAUACUAACUAUAUAAACUAUGGGGGUAGUUGUAUAACUAUAAAAUAGAAUUGAAAUGGUUUAAAUGAUUACUGAAAAUCGUGUCUGUGCAUAGUCCGAAAGUGUUAUACAGUCUAAAGCAAGAGUGUGGUUGCUAAAAAGAGAAGGAACGGGAGGGAGACAGAGAGAGGCAGGGAGAGAGUGAGAGGGCGGAAGAGAGGGGGAGGGAGAGAGGGGGAGGGAGAAAGAGGGGGAGCAUUGGGUUGAUAGGGGUGUUAGAGCUCCCACUGAUGAUGCAGAAAAAUAGUUGCGCAAUAUCUAGGUGUGGUCGACCUAGUAUGCAGGGGGGAUGCGUGAUAGGUCAGGGUCAACUCAGAACAUUUAAAAAAUAAAGAUGUUGAAUUUAAGUAGUCAAUCUCAUGAUGAUCAACUAUCACUAUCACACUUUGUAAACACAUUUUACAGGAUGAUAUCUAUAGGUGAAUUACUGCUGGCACUAAGUCUAGCUGUUGUUAUUUACAAGAUUGUCAACAUGGUAUUGAUUCAUGUUGUCCCACACAAGGUUAAUUGCAAUAUAAUCAUUAAUCAAGGUAACAAUUAAACAACACUAUUGUAGCUUACAGUGUUUUAGAUGGCAGUGGCAUUUUGGCUACAUCAUUGGAUAAGGUGAUAGUACUCUUAAAUACUUUUCUUUAAAUACAAAAUAAGUCUGAUGAACAAUUUAAUGUCAAUUGAUGCAACAGAGAAUCUUCAUUAUCGGAAAGAUAAUUAAUUGUUCGUUUUCUCCAGGGGCUUUUCUUUUGCUGGAGAUAUAAUUGCCAUGUAAGCGAUUGAAAGCAACACCCACGAUGGUGCACAGAGCCCUGACUCAGUGGUUGAUACAUCAGCCCUCAGCAUUUUACCUCACUGGAUAGAUCACAUUAGCCCAAGGCUCAUAGCUCCCAUGUGUCUACUAUAAGCCCAUGAUGGUCUGUGUGGUUUGUCAUAGAUUUCAAUAGUGAUUAUCAAACCUUCUACUAUAUUUGGUUAAAGAACAACAACAAAAUUAGUAAAACUGGAUGUUGCAACAAUUUUGGUUUGGAUUUAUUAUGAUAGCCUACUUCACAUUUACAGUAAAUUAGAAUUAUUACGAAAAUUAAAAUAAUAUAAUAACGAAUACUAAAGCAAAACAUUAUCAUUUUUGAAUCUCCACUACACUACAAAGAUGUAUCUAUUUAGCCAGUGAAGCAUUCUCUUCACACCUGGUAAUCAUACCCAACCCUUUAACUAACCCCUCUGUCCCUACCUGGUCCCAGGUGUCAGUAGAGAUGGACAUGAGGGAUGGUCAACCCGAUCUGGCCGUGGCCCUGAAGGACAUCCGUGCCCAGUACGAGGUCCUGUCAGCCAAGAACCAGAACCAGGCCGAGGAGUGGUACCGCUCUAAGUUCGCCAGUGUGAACGAGGUGGCCGCCCGCAACCAGGACCAGGUGAAGCAUAGCAGGGAGGAGCUAAAUGAGUACCGCAGGCAGGUGCAGGCCCGCACCCUGGAGAUCGAGGCCCUCAGGGGCCACAAUGAGGCCCUGGAGAGGCAGAUGGCUGAGAUGGAGGACCGGCAAAGCAAUGAGAUGGGAGAGAUGCAGGUACGUGGAGUAUGACAGGGUGGCUAUUACUGUACACCACUGUAAUUGCUACAGUACAGGGUUUACCCUGUGGAUUCUAUAGAAUGAUCCCCUCUUAAGUAACAGGUGUAUAUCAGUAUGAAAAUGUAUGCACUCACUAACUGUAAGUCGCUCUGGAUAAGAGCGUCUGCUAAAUGACUAAAAUGUAAAUGUAAUAUCACAGAUGGUAUGUGUGAUGGCAUUGCAAUUGCACUGUAGCACAACACAUGUAAAAGGGUAUUAGGAAAUGUACAUUGUGAGGUAUUAGGAAAUUAACAUAGUGAGGCCUUUAUCAUUGGUAACAUAUCCUGAUGUUAAUCUGCCUGCAGGAGACCAUCCAGCAGCUUGAGUCUGCCCUCCGCAGCACCAAGGGGGAGAUGUCCCGUCACUUGCGUGAGUACCAGGACCUGUUGAAUGUCAAGAUGGCCCUGGACAUUGAGAUCGCUGCUUACAGGUCAGUCAUCACCUGAUCUGAGUCUAAGAGUUAUGUCUGAUAAUGUUAAGUCAGCAGUCAGCAUAUAGUUGAUCCAAACCUCAGUGCCUUUCCUGUAUUAUGAACACUUUUUUCACAUUUUAAUUCCAAGUCAGCAGAGUGACUGAACACAUCCACGACUGCUUUGAAAAGUAUGAACGGUCGGAAUUUGAUACAUUUGUAAACUGACUCUCUCUUCCUCUGAUUUAGUCAGUAUUUUAGUCAGCUCAGCAAUCAGCACACUGUUGAUGCACCACAGUGUCUCUUUGAAAGAUUUAUGAGCACCCCCCCCACUUAAAAAAAAAAAUGGAAUACCUAGUGAGCACAGCAGUAGAAUUUGAUAAAUGUGUGUAAACUGACUCUUUCUUCCUCUACCUCUCUAUCCCUAUCUCGCCAUCUCCAUCCCCCUCUUCAGGAAGCUGUUGGAAGGUGAAGAGUGCCGUCUGAGUACAGUGGGCGGAAAUAUCCUGCAGUCAGGCUACUCUGGCUUCUCCUAUUCGUCCGGCCGCUCCUACGCCCUGGGUUCCUACAGGAUGAGGGGAGCCAAGCCUGAGGAACCAGAGGAGGAGGAGGAUGAGGAAGAGAAGGAGGAAGAGGAGAACAAGGAGGAAGGAGAGGAGGGAGGGGAUGGAGAGGAGAAUGGAGAUGGAGAUGAGGAGGAAGAUGAGGAAAAUGAGGAUGAAGUUCAGAAGAAGAAGGAAGAGAAGGAGGGUGCUCCCAGCAAAAGCACCAAAAGC